UUUUAGCGGCUUGCUCUGGAGAGGGCUGUGAACAGGGCCAGGACACUGCAUUCAGGAUCUAGCAGCCGUGGAUGAUUGGCAUGACCCGAGCCCUUUAGGACUCUUGGAAAUUUUCCACUUACAUUUCAUAUUCACGGGAGAAUUUCCAGGCCAGACUUUUCCUGCUCUUGCUGAAGGCUGAUCACAGAUAUGCAAAGCAGAGACCUCCCACCCCAGCAGUGCAGAUAGGAGCCAGCUAGCUGCACUUACACUGACUCAGCUCAGCCUCUGGGCAGUUUGCAGCCCCUGGCCUGUGUACGUGGCCUGUGUGGCAUCUUCAGGAGCAGCCAUGGAGACUCCAGUGCCAGGAUCAGCCGAGAUGCCGCGCCAGUUCCCCAAGCUGAGCAUCUCUGAGGUGGACGAGCAAGUCCGGCUCCUGGCCGAGAAGGUGUUUGCUAAAGUGCUCCGAGAAGAGGACAGCAAAGAUGCCCUGUCCCUCUUCACCGUCCCCGAGGACUGCCCCAUCGGCCAGAAGGAGGCCAAGGAGAGGGAGCUGCAGAAGGAGCUGGCGGAGCAGGAGUCCAUGGAGACCGUGAAAAGAAAGAAAAGUUUCAAGAUGAUUCGGUCCCAGUCGCUGUCUCUGCAAAUGCCAGUGCAGCAAGAUUGGAAGGGCCCCCCGACAGCUGCUCCAGCCAUGCCUCCCGCGGCCCCUGUGCUCCCCGGGGCCACCUCCCAGCCUGUGCCGGCGCCCUACGGCAUGCCCGAGUACCAGCGGGUGACCAUCAGCGGGGAUUACUGUGCCGGGAUCACGGUGGAGGACUACGAGCAGGCUGCCAAGAGCCUGGCCAAGGCCCUGAUGAUCCGGGAGAAGUAUGCCCGGCUCGCCUACCACCGCUUCCCCAGGACCACGGCCCAGUACCUGGGUCAUCCGCGGGCGGACACAGCACCUCCAGCAGAGGGCCUCCCAGACUUCCACCCUCUUCCAGGGCCCCAGGAAGACCCUUACCGUGUAGACGAUGCUCCCCCCAACCUGGGGUACCUGGUCCGCAUGCAAGGGGGCAUCCUCUUCGUGUACGGUAACAAGGAGAUGCUGGAGCGCCAGGAGCCCCACAGCCUACCCUACCCCGACCUGGAGACCUACACGGUGGACAUGAGCCACGUCCUGGCCCUCAUCACUGAUGGCCCCACGAAAACGUAUUGUCACCGGCGAUUGAACUUUCUGGAAUCCAAAUUUAGCCUUCAUGAGAUGUUAAAUGAAAUGUCUGAGUUCAAAGAGUUGAAGAGUAACCCCCACCGAGACUUCUAUAAUGUGAGAAAGGUGGACACGCACAUCCACGCGGCUGCCUGCAUGAAUCAGAAGCACUUGCUGCGCUUCAUCAAGCACACGUACCAGACGGAGCCUGACAGAAUCGUGACCGAGAAGCAGGGCCAGAAGGUCACCCUGCGGCAGGUGUUCGACAGCCUGCACAUGGACCCUUACGACCUCACUGUGGAUUCGCUGGACGUCCACGCGGGCCGCCAGACGUUCCACCGCUUUGACAAGUUCAACUCUAAAUACAAUCCUGUGGGGGCCAGCGAGCUGCGUGACCUGUAUCUGAAAACGGAGAACUACCUGGGAGGGGAGUACUUUGCUCGGAUGGUCAAGGAGGUGGCCCGGGAGCUGGAGGAGAGCAAGUACCAGUACUCGGAGCCGCGGCUCUCCAUCUACGGCCGCAGUCCUGAUGAGUGGCUCAGCCUGGCCCACUGGUUCAUCCAGCACAAGGUCUACUCUCCCAACAUGCGCUGGAUCAUCCAGGUGCCCCGGAUCUAUGACAUAUUUCGGUCAAAGAAGCUGCUGCCAAACUUUGGGAAGAUGCUGGAGAACAUCUUCCUGCCCCUCUUCGAGGCCACAAUCAACCCCCAAGACCACCGGGAGCUUCACCUCUUCCUCAAAUAUGUGACAGGUUUCGACAGCGUGGAUGAUGAGUCCAAGCACAGCGACCACAUGUUCUCAGACAAGAGCCCCAGCCCAGACAUCUGGACCAGUGAGCAGAACCCGCCCUACAGCUACUACCUGUACUACAUGUAUGCCAACAUCAUGGUGCUCAACAACCUCCGCAGGGAACGAGGUCUGAGCACCUUCCUCUUCCGGCCUCACUGUGGGGAGGCGGGGUCCAUCACCCACCUGGUGUCUGCUUUCCUGACUGCUGACAACAUUUCCCACGGGCUGCUCCUCAAGAAGAGUCCGGUGUUGCAGUAUCUCUACUACCUGGCUCAGAUCCCCAUUGCCAUGUCUCCUCUUAGCAACAACAGUCUGUUCCUCGAAUAUUCCAAAAACCCUCUGAGGGAAUUCCUGCACAAGGGACUGCAUGUUUCCCUCUCCACCGAUGACCCCAUGCAGUUCCACUACACGAAGGAAGCACUGAUGGAAGAGUACGCGAUCGCAGCUCAGGUGUGGAAGCUGAGCACGUGCGACCUGUGUGAGAUUGCCCGGAACAGCGUGCUGCAGAGCGGCCUCUCGCACCAGGAAAAGCAGAAGUUUCUGGGUCAAAAUUAUUACAAAGAAGGACCUGAAGGCAAUGAUAUUCGAAAGACAAAUGUUGCUCAGAUUCGGAUGGCGUUCCGAUAUGAGACAUUAUGCAACGAGCUCAGUUUCCUGUCUGACGCCAUGAAAUCAGAACAGAUCACAGCCCUGACCAAACUCAGAUAUGGAUGACAUUCACUAGGAAAACUAAAUUUCAAACUGAAGCUCACUAGGUAAGACCCAGAAGGUAAACCUUUGCUAUCUUCUUCUCUAGCUUUAGCCACAUCCGUUCAUUGCUUUUCCCCUGGAUAUUACUGUUAUCUGUUCCGCCACAUCAUUGUACCCAACUGGCCUUUUGUGUGUGUGUGUGUGUGUGUGUGUGUGUGGCGGGAUCCUACUUUCUUUCAUGUUCACAGUUGGAAUGAAAGGUAACUGUAUACCAGCCCAUGUUUCUAAAAGAACAGUUUUUGAAGUGUGCUAUCCCUUACU